UGUUGCUGUGUGUUCAAUAAAAUAGCAGCCUAACACAGCACAAACAGACAAGAUGUGCCUGUGACUCCUUCAACCCGGCCACCGUUACAGUAUGUACUCUCAAAACAACCAGUCACAACCAUCAUAAUGAGACUAUAGCGUGGGCCACACAAGCCGUUUUAACAUGCUCUAUAAGAGAAAAACAAACAUCUGUAUCAAUGUCCUUUACCAAAUAUUGCUAUUCUCCGCUGCUGCCUCAAAAAAUAACCAUCAUGUUACGUUAGCAAAUCCAACAUUCUUGCCUUUUAACUCAGAUUGUGCUGUAUGAUGCCAAACUAAGGUGAAAUUCUCAGGAGUAAUAAUGCAGGGUUUCUCAGGAAAUUGGACACAGCUCUUGCCAUAAUAAUCCAAAUGUCCUUAGGGUAUGUCAUUCGCCAGUACAUAAAUUGGUCUGUUUCACCACAAGCCACAGUGAUGUGGACUGGACUUUGGUGUCUAAAUGGAAAAUGGCCUUAUUUCUUCGAAGUGCUCAUAUACCAAGACUGUUAACAAUUUUUUAGCAUGGUAAUAUCUAAGCUUAAUGUUAAUCAUCUAAGCCUUAAAGUUGUUAACAAGUCUCAAUGGGUUAAUAGAAAACUAAUGGAAAAUGAUUUCUCACUACAGUUAUUGGAAACAAGUAGUAGAACACUGACCAGGUGCCUCUUAUGGACUGAAUGGACACGUUACCUGUAUGUGUUGGGCACUUGUACUCCAGUCUGCUUAUUGGUGCAUCAAGGUGGAUGACUACCAUGGCAAUAAGAUCUGUGAUCCAUAUGCAUGGCUGGAAGAUCCUGAUAGUGCAGAAACAAUGGCCUUUGUUGAAGAGCAAAACAAACUGACCAUGCCAUACCUGGAGCAGUGCUCUGUCCGGGCUCAGUUCCACCAGCGCCUCACUGAGCUCUAUGACUAUCCCAAAUACAGCUGCCCUUACAAAAGGGGGACAAGAUAUUUCUACUUUCACAACAAAGGCCUCCAGAACCAGGAUGUGCUGUAUGUGCAGGACUCUCUGGAUGCACCUGCCUCCGUCUUCUUUGACCCAAAUACACUCUCUGACGAUGGCACCGUGGCACUGAAAAUGGGUCGUCUAUCGGAGGAGUGUGAAUAUUUUGCGUAUGGUCUGAGUAGCAGUGGCUCAGACUGGGUGACAGUACAUUUCAUGAAAGCUGAUGACCUCACGCCACUGCCUGAUGUACUGGAGAGGGUUAAAUUUAGUUGCCUGGCCUGGACUCACGAUGCAAAGGGCAUCUUUUACAACUGCUACCCAAGCCAGGAAGGCAAAUCAGAUGGCACAGAGACCACCUGCAACAUCAAUCAGAAGCUCUACUACCACGUGCUUGGCACCAAACAGUCAGAGGACAUUCUGGUUGCAGAGUUCCCUGACAAUCCAAAGUGGCAAAGCUCAGUAACUAUUUCUGAUGAUGGAAGAUAUGCUAUUAUGUCCAUCACUGAAGGCUGCGAGCCUGUCAACCAGCUGUGGUAUUGUGACCUUCAGCAGCUCCCCAGUGGCAUCACAGGCCUGCUACCAUGGGUCAAACUUGUGGACAACUUUGACGCCCAGUACUCUUAUAUCACUAGUGAAGGAACUGUAUUCACAUUUCGCUCCAACUUGGAUUCUCCUCGGUAUUGUGUCAUCAACAUCGACAUCCAGAAACCAGACAGACAGCAUUGGACUACCCUCAUACCACAGCAUGACAAGGAUGUCCUGGGCUUUGUCUCCUGUGUGAACCAGCACCACCUGCUGGUCAACUAUGUCCAUGAUGUGAAGGAUAUCCUGCAGGUGUACGAGCUGUCUACAGGCCAAGUGGUCAGGGACUUGCCACUGGAUGUUGGCACAGUGGCUGGUGUGAGCUGCAAGAAGAAACACUCAGAGUUCUUCUACAAGUUCACAUCCUUCACUACACCAGGUAUCAUUUACCACUGUGAUCUCAGUGAGUUGAACCCACAGCCCAGUGUGUUCAGGGAGGUGGAGGUGAAAGGAAUCAAGCAAGAGGAAUAUCAGACAACCCAGGUAUUUUAUCCUAGUAGGGACGGAACUAAGAUCCCCAUGUUCUUAGUUCAUGCUAAGGGCCUAAAGAGGGAUGGCACUCAUCCUGUUUUCCUUUAUGGCUACGGAGGAUUUGAGGCGUCCAUUCAGCCAUACUACAAUGUUGCUUACUUGCUAUAUGUGAGACACCUGGGAGGGAUUCUGGCAGUGGCCAACAUCAGAGGGGGCGGAGAAUACGGCCUCACCUGGCACAAAGCUGGUACUUUAGGGAACAAGCAGAAUUGCUUUGAUGACUUCCAGUGUGCAGCAGAGUAUCUGAUCCAGGAAAAAUACACCACCGCCAGCCGCAUCGCUAUCAACGGAGGCUCUAAUGGAGGGCUGCUAGUGGCGGCUUGCGUGAACCAGCGCCCGGACCUGUUCGGCUGCGUUGUGGCAAAAGUGGGGGUGAUGGACAUGCUGAAGUUCCACAAAUUCACCAUCGGCCACGCCUGGACCACCGACUACGGCUGUUCUGAUGACGCGGAGCAGUUCAAGUGGCUCAUCAAGUAUUCUCCUCUUCAUAAUCUGCCCCAGCCACCUUACUCUGGUCCUCCCUACCCUGCUGUCCUGCUUCUGACAGCAGAUCACGAUGAUCGUGUAGUGCCUCUGCACACCCUGAAGUACUGUGCUGCCUUGCAGUACGGGGUGGGCAGCAGCCAUGUGCAGCGUCAGCCUCUGAUGGUCAGAGUAGACACCCGUAGCGGGCACGGUGCGGGGAAACCCACUGCCAAAGCCAUCUUGGAGGACACACACAUCUUUUCCUUCAUCGCUGAGACUCUGGGGCUCAGCUGGAAGGAGUGAGGAGAACGUGAAAGAGAUUAGGAGAUGGAGGGUACAGACAAGCAGCGAGGUUUUUAAAUGACUUUUUGAAUUUAUUAUUUUUAUGAAAACUGUAGAACUAUCCAAUUAGAUGGAAAUGAUGGGUUAAACAUUUGGGGGGAAGAAGAGCAAUGAGAAGAGAAUAAGCGAAAGAGGAAUGAAUGCAGUGCUAUGAUGAGAGAAAGGUUAAGAAAAAUAAGAGUAGGAAUAUCAUAUAAUAUCCAACAACUACAGUAUCAAACAUCGGAUACCUACAUUGUAAUGCUUCUUUUCAAACAGUUUUUACCUAAACAAAUCAAAUGUGGUACAAGUUUUUUUUAAUUAAUGCAAAGUUUGAAUUUGAACUUUAAAAGGUUCCAAUAAUAUCUUUAUUUAUACUAUGAUUUUGGUCUACCAUAUUAUAAUCUGUAGUUUCCUAAAUAUAUAAAUAAUGCCUUCUAAAGUAGAUCUAAUGAUCUACCUGAAAGGAUUAAAAUUAAAGCAAAGGAAAAAAAUUAUCAGCAAAUAUUUUACAUCUCAAAUGUUUAAUCUUUAUCAGAAAAGUAACUAUAGCUGUGAGGUAAAUGAAAUGGAGAAACAGUCAAGUGAGGUUAAAACAAACUUGACAAGUACAUGUACUUUAAAUAUUGCUCAGUAUUUGAGUUGUUGUACUUGCUUCCCACAGCUGGAACGGUGACACAACAAUCCUGACAGCGGUUAUCACAUAUACCACAAAGUGGCAGCACAGGACUGCAAAAGUCCCUUUGUUUUGUCAGCUCGGCCCUGUGCUAACACCUAGAGGUCAAAGGCUGGGUGUCCUGCUUGGCUCAUCUCAUUAGGAGGGAUUGUGGAGUAAAACAAACAAACACCAGAAUGCUGCUGUAAAUCUUUUAUACUCGGGGGAUAAAAUGACGGGCAGACAGAGACAGGUAUGCAGUACAAAACAGCAUACCUACAAUUUAACAAGAAUGGAAUAAGAGAAACUGAUUUGUGUCACUGUGAUGUGAGACAGAGGGAAGAUGUGUGGAUAAAUAUCGUGUAGAAAAGUCCAGAGCAAUGAUAGACGGCAGACAUGGCAAGACAACGAUGGGCAACAAGCAGAGAAGCAGAGAGAGACGAAGUCCACUUAUGGGGAGUCUUGGGAAACAGACAGACAGACAGGUGUUUAAACUGUCAAAAAGAGAUGGAAACUCUGUGCCAGCCAGCCACUGAGUGAGAGAAGUUGUCUGCUCGGUCACUAACAGUUUAAUCUCAGCUCAGUGGGAAGCUCUAAUUUCGUCAAACUGAACCCUGGGCCUUAUCUAAGUGCCUCUCAGUAGAGAGAUAGGAUGAGAAAGGGAGAAAGGAAAGCAUAAAAGGCAGCAGGAGAAGGAUUUGCACACAAUGACUCUUUGCCACAGGGGCGAAGUGGUUGAAUAAAGCUGGGAAAGACAAAGCCGGCAAUAAGCUGGACAUAUGAGAGACGGAGAGGGGGUUUAAGAUCAUGCAACAAAAAGGCUAUGGCUUCUCCUAGGAGCGUCCCAGAGGACUCAACGGCCUUUUGCUGCUUCAUUUCCUUCAUUCAGUCUCCCUUCCUGUUUUUACCUCUUCAGCUCACGCUUCUUCUUUACACACACACGCUCACACAUGUACAAGCACACACAACCUUCACAUCUCUUUUUCUCUGGAGAAACACAAGCUUGUACCUACAAAGCCUCACUGUCUCACAGUUUCAUUCCUUCCCGCCGUUUGGCACUCACAGGUCCCCAUCCUGUCCCAUUUGUUUACUUCACCCUCUCCAUAAUGCAGGGAUUAAUUCCUUAAAGCCGAUUUGAGCUGUGGCAUGCUUCAGCAAAGCGCAAAGAGCAGAAGUUUUUGUACUGGGGGAAGUUUCCCCUUCACACUAGCUUAGAGGUGGACUGCUCUCCCCUUUAUGCCACUUUCUUUAAUCUUCACACGGAGCAGAGGGAGUGAGGGAUAGAUGGAGGACAACAAGGGGAGACGGCUCUCAACACCCAGCUGAGAAUCACUAAUGUCUUUACAAAGGUCUCGUCUGUUCCCCCAUGUGCCUCUUGGAAUCCUUUUGCAACUUCUGCUACUUCACUGGCCUUUCAUCCUCUUACAUCUCUGUACUAAUUAUUUAAAUGAUUUUUUUCUAAAACAACCUUAUAAUAAAAGUUUGUUUUAUUAUAAGGUUGUUUCUUAAUUCCCACAGCAAAGGUGUCAAGCUGCAACUAAUAAAUCUGGCAGUUUCUUACAAAUAUUGAUUUAUGUUUUGCUUCACAGCAUGUUAGAAAACACUGAAAAAUGCUCAUUAAAGGCUGCUGUAACCAGAGGUGAUGUCUUCAAAUUACGUGUUUUGUCCAACUAAUUGGCCAAACCCCAAAUAUAUUUAAUUUACCAUGGUAUUAAACAAAGAACUGCAGCUACUUCUCUGAUGUAAUAAUCAGGAUCUUAGCCCUAAAUUAAUUAAAUAAUCUGAAAGUAAUGGCCAUUUUCAAUAAGUUUGUUGGUAUUUUUUCAGUUCAGUGUUUAAUCUGUUACACUUAAGAAAAGAGUAAAAAUGUUUUGUCUUGCUAAUAGACCAAAAACAACCUAUCAAAGCUGAGGCUAAGUGGUGCAACUCCACUGCACAUAUUUUGCAUUUUUCUUUGAUAAACGACUAUAAAGUGUUAAUAAGACAUCUCAUUUUCCUUUUCUCUCUGAGAGAUUUAAUAUUCGGAAGGUUAAUUCUUUAAUUAUUCUAAUCUAAACCUGCCACUUCAUGCAUUACUUAAACCUAGCAGCUUCGUAUCUAGUGUAUUUCAAUUUUACCCAGUUACCUGAAGACCUUAAACAGUGAUGGAUUUUGGAUGGUAGGUUCUGCAUUUGGCAUUUUCAGACAUUUUGCUUCAAUCUUUUGGACGAAUCCCCGCCCAUCACUGUGUCUCAGUCUCAUUUACUGUGAAUAAACACGCAAAUCUGAUUGAAGGUUUACGCUCAACCUGUGAGAAGCCUGAUAAAACCUCAACUAACACAAACCCCCUUUGCCAUUGAGGAGUUACUGUGGGAUAUGAUGUUUGCAUACUAAGACAUCACGCUCAAACUAACAGCAUUUAUUAUAUUAUACCCCAAGGGAAUAGGAAGCAGGUAGCAGUUGAUUAGGCCUGCUAGUUGGUUCAUUUAGCAUGCGUGCAGAUGGCUCAUGACCCAGAGCAGGCAGGAGUCAAGUGUCAAGGCUAUUAGGCUUUCGUAAUUCAUAUUAUGUAGAUUAGAAACAUCCAGCAAUGUGUUUUUAGAGCUAUAUUGUUGACAUUUUUAAUGUAUGUCCCUCCUGCAGUAGUCUGCCUGCUAGAAUGUUUAACUGUUUGCAGUAACAUUUCUUUCAAGCCACAUGUGCACUGCAGAUAGUCUUAUUCACAGAAACUUGAGCAUUACAUAAAUAAGUCUAUAUAUGUUUUCUUCAUCACACUGCAUCUUGAAUGCUAUUGUAGAAACCUGCAAUGAGCCUCCAAUAAUGAAUCAUCUAGUGUUACUGCAGUGCAAGUUCAGAUGCUGCUUAGCUGAGGUGUACUAAGAAGCAUCUGAAGGAGGUGAUGUUUGACUGUGUGGGAGGGUUAAACAGCUCCAGCCAGGGAUGGCUCAGAGCUGAAACUCAUUAAAUCUCACACCUCCAAUCCUCAACUCCAAUAAGAGUGUAAUAUAAAAAGUAUGGAUCGGUUCUGCGUAUGCGUAUGAGAAAUAAAAAGAUCUCAUUCUGAAAUGUA